CAAACCCGAACCCUGCCAGAAACGGGGAUGGAAACUUAGAUUUUGCUUCUAGCGAGUUUCGGGUCUAGGACAGUUUAAAUUUGCUGGACGGGACAGGAAACGUAAAACCCCCCGUGCCUAGAUGUGAUGACGAGACUAGGCGGAGAAAUUUCCAGUUAAACAUGCAACUCACCCAAUUGCGUAGAAUCACACCGUGUUUCAUCUCAAUAGAUCGGUUUUCUUCAAUAAGGAACCACAUUCAGCAAGGAUCAUUCAUAUGUGCUCUUCUCACGUAUAAACAAACCCGCCAAGAAGGAUUCUACAACUCCAGCGUGGUCCCCCUGUUACUCAAAGCAUGCGCUUCUCUUUCCUUCCUUCAUCACGUGAAGGCCUUGCACGCUGAGUCCAUCAAGGCAGGUUCAGAUUGCCACGUCGUCAUCGGAACCGCAUUGCUUGCCGCGUACGCCAAAUGCGGCGUCGUUAGGGAUGCACGCGAUGUGUUCGACACGAUGCCCGAGAGAAAUUUCGUGACUUGGAAUGCCAUGAUUAGUGGGUACUUGAGGAACGGGGACACGGAAUCUGCUUCUCUCGUGUUUGGUGAAAUGCAGGGGAAAACGCAAGUGAGUUGGAGUCAGAUGAUUGGUGGGUUUGCUAGGAUUGGAGAUAUUGUUACUGCGAGGAGGUUGUUUGAUGAGGUUCCCCGUGAGUUUAAGGAUGUGGUGACGUGGACUGUGAUGGUUGAUGGGUAUGCUAGAAUAGGGGAGAUGGAAGCUGCUAGGGAGGUUUUUGAGAUGAUGCCUGAAAGGAAUUGUUUUGUGUGGUCGUCUAUGGUUUGUGGGUACUUCAAGAAGGGCAAUGUGGUGGAGGCGGAGGCAGUUUUCGACCGGGUUCCAGUUCGGAAUUUGGAGAUCUGGAACUCCAUGAUUGCUGGCUAUGUACAGAAUGGAUUUGGAGAGAAAGCACUGCAGGCUUUUGAGGGAAUGGGGGCUGAAGGGUUUGAGCCGGAUGAGUUCACUGUUGUUAGUGUUUUGUCAGCAUGUGCCCAGCUGGGGCGCCUGGAUGUUGGUAAGGAAAUCCAUCACAUGGUAGAACAGAAAGGGAUAACUGUGAACCCGUUUGUGUUGAGUGGAUUGGUUGACAUGUAUGCAAAAUGUGGUGACUUGGUCAGUGCAAGGUUGGUGUUUGAAGGGUUCACUGGGAGGAACAUUUUCUGCUGGAAUGCUAUGAUUUCAGGUUUUGCUAUCAAUGGAAAAUUCAGGGAGGUUCUCGAGUUUUUUAGCAGGAUGGAGGACUCAAAUGUAAGGCCUGAUGGUAUCACCUUUAUUACUGUACUCUCGGCUUGUGCUCAUGGGGGUUUGGUCAGUGAAGCUUUGGAAGUGAUAUCCAAAAUGGAGGCAUAUGGAGUUGAAGUUGGCAUCAAGCAUUAUGGAUGCUUGGUUGACCUCUUGGGCAGAGCAGGAAGAUUAAAAGAUGCUUAUGACUUGAUGAUAAGAAUGCCAGUGAAACCUAACGACACAGUUUUGGGGGCAAUGCUUGGUGCAUGCCGGAUUCAUUCAGAUAUGAACAUGGCAGAGCUAGUAAUGAAGUUGAUCCGUGAAGACUCUGCUACAGGUGCGGAUUCUCACAAUGUGCUUUUGUCCAAUAUAUAUGCAGCUUCUGAAAAAUGGGAGAAAGCUGAAAGGAUGAGGAGGCCCGUGGUAGAUGGAGGAUCUCAAAAGACACCUGGGUGUAGUUCAAUAAUCUUUAGUGACUCUUAUGGAUUGAGUGAGGUAGUUCCACGUUAAAAUUAAUGGCCCAAGUGCAAUCUAAAAAGGAGAAAUACGAAAAUAAACACUGCUCUAUACACGAAAUAGCCUAGUGGCAACAAAGAUGCGUGGGCUUUUUACACUGUGAGGCCCCAAGCCAAGAUCAAUGGAUGGUUGCUGCCUCCAUUAUGGGGU